CAACCUCGCACCGCGCCACGAUACCUCUUGUUCUUUAUAAGGUGAUACUUGAGGCGCAGCCUCCAAUUGAUCACCUUCCGUGGAGAUAGACCGAAAUCGAAACCCGCCGCCAUGUUCUCCCUCCGCUCCGUCUUCGGUGCCUCCUCCGGUGCCCUCCGCCAAUUCCUCCCCUCUGUGACCACCCGGACCGCCUCAUUACGGCCUUUCUCGCACAUGAUUCGCAACAGCUUGACGAGGCUCCGUGGACAAGCAAAGUCUGGCAACGCUGUUGCCGUGGCGAAUGGGUCUGCUAGACAAGUGGAGCAGAUUCGGGGAAUGAAGACUCGGUCUUCUGUUAAGAGACUGUGUGAUGGCUGCAAGCCCGUUCACCGCAAAGGCCGUGUCUACAUUAUCUGCUCGAAGAACCCCAAGCACAAGCAACGGCAGGGGAAAUAGAGUCGUCGCUUUCCCGUCUUUUUCUCCGAUAGCGUGCAUCGCUUUGUCCUUCCGCGGCUGCCUUUACUCGAACAACCAGAGAUAUCGGCAAUAUUUCUAGACAUACAAAUAUGCUCUCGAUACCCAGGUCGUCUUUAAAUCCCUUGGAUACACGACUUGUCGUCGCGGAACUCGGAUCGGCGGCAUACUUUUGCAUUCUUGUUUCAAAACCAGACAGUGGUUGGAUACCACGGCGCUUGUGUAUUUUUCUUGUAUAUUAGUGUGGCAAUCAAGUUUAUUGGGUCUUCAUAUUUCAAUCCAACUCAUAUCAUGAUCUCCAGUCUUGUCUUUCUUGGAUGGCCAAUAUCUAUAGAUAUAUGCGCAGUUUACUCCAACCAACGGCCUGUCACCAUACUCAAGCCUCGAAACAACCAAGACAUCAUCGUUUUUCA